AUGUCAGAGAAGGGUGACGACGAUGCAGAGGGGUUGGGACUGCAGCUGCGGGAGUUGAAAGUGUCGAAGCUUCUGCAUGAGGACGACAGUGCGGCGGAUGCAGAGCCGAAGGUUGUAGAGGCAAGGGACGUGGGGGGAACCUCAGGAGAUGCUGCCGCGGAUUCGGACUCAGAUUCGGACUCGGAUUCAGACUCAGAUACUGGACAGUGGAAGACAGUGCCGACAGUUGCGUCGUACGACGUGUACAACGAGAAGGGUGAGCUGGAGCUGCGAACUUACGAUUCCAAUAACCCGCUGCCACAGUUGGAGCACCCGUCACACCCACAACCGCAGCAAUCGCAACACAAGAACACUUUCGACUACACAAAAGUGGCCGCAGAACAGCAGGCGCAGAGGUCGUACCUCACCAACAAGAAGACGGAUUUCCUCUUCGACCACAAGAAGAUCAUGCAGAUGAGGGAUAACACGGACCAAGACCAAGGUACGAGGAGUCCGCAGGAGAUCUCUGCGUCUCCGAGCGUGGCUGAUUUCUACGACGAGUACGAAGACGACGUCGAAAGAGCAGACGACCUGAGCCCCGAGUCGCAACUCGAUAUCACGAAAUUCCUCCUAAACGACAUGGAGAAGAUCGCAUACGUCAGCGCGAUCAGCAUCCUUGCAAACCAGAUGUGUACAGAACUUGCGACAUUGUGUCUCUGCGUAGACAUCAAGGCGCACAAGAGGCUUGCAAACAGACUGCAAUUCACCCAGAGAGAUAUGGCAGCGUGGAAGACUAUCGUGCUGGAAAGACUAUAUCAGCAUUUAAACGUCAGCGAAGAGGAGAUUAAGAUGGUUGAGCAACUCUCGGUACAUCAGAUCCAACUGUCGGACUUGGUCAAGUGCCUACGGACAACGCAGAAUAUAGAAAACCCUUGGGAACACGAGGAAACAAAGGACUCUGAGCAAACUGCGGAGACAAAUGACAAAGCGGAUGACGAAGAAAAUGGAACAAACCAAUCACCCGAGACGAAGGGCGAAGACGAGUCCUUAGAGACAAGCAUAACUGGAGAGAAAGAAGACUCAAAGGAGGAGCCCCAAGAAACAAGCUCAAUUGGUCACAAACAAGACUCAAAGGAAGAGACACAAGAAGUGGCAAACAGUAUCGAGACGAGAUCCGGAUCUGCCCACACUGAAGGCAAAGACGAAGAAACUUUGACUCCGACAGACGAUGCAUCAACACGGCCCAUCAAAGAACAGUCCCCAAAAAUCCUGGAUCCAGAUAGUAUAAAGGACCAGCAGCGUCUCAAUGUGGACGUAGCUUGGACCAUUAUCUGUGACCUGUUUUUGAUACUCGUGCAAAACUCAGCGUACGACUCCAGGUCGCGCACCUUGCUUAUCAGGUUCGCCGAGGCGCUCGGAAUCAAAAACGUCGAGAUCUGCGAGUUUGAAAGGAGGGUCACCGACUCGCUAGACAUGGAACAGUCUACAGACGAACAAACAUGGGAUGAGCAGGAUCACAUGAAGGAUAGAAGGAAGCGCAAGAAACGCAGAAAACUAUGUUACGUUGGUAUCGCUAUGGUCGGAGGAUCGCUUGUUUUGGGGCUCAGUGGCGGGCUGCUGGCACCCGUCAUCGGUGCCGGUAUCGCAGCAGGGCUGUCCACUAUAGGUGUCACGGGGGCCACUGGGUUCCUGACCGGUGUAGGUGGUACUACUGUGGUCGCACUUUCGAGCACGGCAAUUGGUGCUAAUAUUGGUGCCAGGGGUAUGUCCAAGAGAAUGGGCAGCGUCAGGACCUUUGAAUUCCGGCCGUUACAUAACAAUCGUCGACUGAACCUGAUAAUCAGUGUCUCCGGCUGGAUUAUUGGUAACGAGGAUGAUGUCCGUUUGCCAUUCUCUACUGUAGACUCUGUGGAAGGUGAUUUGUUCUCGUUAUAUUGGGAACCAGAGAUGCUGAAGUCUACUGGUCAAACGAUCAACAUUGUCGCAAGCGAAGUGUUUGCAACCACGAUUCAGCAGGUACUAGGUGCCACAAUUUUGACCGCUUUCAUCUCGGCGGUCCAAUGGCCCAUGGCAUUAUCAAAACUGGGCUACAUCCUGGAUAACCCAUGGAAUGUCUCCCUAGACAGAGCAUGGUCUGCAGGGUUGAUCCUUGCAGACACACUUAUGACCAGAAAUUUGGGUAAGAGACCAAUAACCUUAGUGGGAUUUUCGCUAGGUUCCAGGGUCAUAUACUCAUGUUUGAUUGAACUUUGCAAGAAGAAAGCAUUAGGCUUGGUCGAAAACGUAUUUAUAUUUGGCACACCCGUAGUGCGAAAUAAGGAGCAGUUGGUUAUGGCAAGAUCCGUGGUAAGCGGUAGAUUUGUAAAUGGCUACUCUGACAAAGACUGGGUAUUAGCGUACCUGUUUCGCGCAACAUCUGGAGGAUUUAAAGCUGUCAUGGGGAUAUCCACUGCUAGUGAUGUAGAAGGUGUCGAGGACUUUAACUGUACAGAACUGGUUGCGGGACAUAUGGCCUAUCGUAAGAAUAUGCCCAAAAUAUUGAAGGCAUUAGGGGUCACUGUCAUGAAUGAUGAGUUCGUAGAAAUUGAGGAAACUAUGGAUCCAGUGGAAGCUAAGAGACAGAGGAAACUGGUCCAUGAUGUCGAUGCAGCACAAAAGAAACUUUCAAAAAGGAAGAAGCGCAACAGCUGGGUACCCGGGUGGAUAAAACCAAAGAAGUCCAAAUGGCAGACGAUCUUGGAAGAGACUGUGGAAGAUCAAGAUGUCGAGGAUCAAACAUCUGUUGACUCUACCGAUAAACGCAAGAAAAAACCACAGGACAAUGCAAUCGUUGAUCACGGCGCCCUGAUGCAUGAACUGGAGGUGCUGAAAAAAGCCAUACAUGAGGAUGCGCUAAAAAAUCAGUCUACUGGAGAGCCCAUGGAAACUGUUUCCGAGUACAACGGAAUGUCGUUAGCGGAAUAUCGUGAAAGUUCUGAAGAACUGUCGAGUACUAAUGCCUCGGACGUGGCAAUAAAUUCAUCAACGCCGAAACCCGCUGCCAACUCGAGAAUGCCGGGAACACCCAGUACACGCGUAACUGCAAAGGCACCUUCUACGCCGAAUAGUUUCCAACUCUUAACGGCGGGUAGAACCAUUCUUCCUGAAGAUGAAGACAUGAAAAGGAGUAAAAAGCCGAUGGAAUUUGCGUUUCCUGAUGAUAUAUAA